AUGUUUGAAACUGGAGAAAGCUCAGAAGAGCCUAAACCUGCUCGAGUGCUUGUUGACAUACCCAACGAAAGCUUACCUAUGCUCAAUGAGAUUAUCAAACUAGUUACCCUAAGGUUUCAGACAUUAGUGGGUUAUGUUCUCCAGAUUGUGCCCAAAGACAUCUUGCAAUCCAUAAUUGAUUCAGAACCUCAGUCUACUAUCAGAAUCAUCGAGUGUAUGGACCCACAUAAUGCACAGUUCAGACGCAAUCGAUUUGCAUCUAUAACCAAGAAAUGGCCUACACCAGAGUGUUUGAAAGGUGUGAAUUGGCAAAAGAAAAUGGGGAUCCCGUUGAGAGAUCAAGAAAGUCAUGAUGUGUGUUGGGCUAUUGUGGUUAGUGAGCUAAUAAGGGCUGUCAGGCUCAUUGAAAAUCCUAAUCAAGACCCCAAAAUAAGAUACUCUCCUCAAGACUUGAUCGACUUUUCUGACCCUGUGAAAAGGAGGGAGAAAAAGGAAGAGAAAGAGAAAGGGAAAGGAGAUCACUUUUGCUAUACCUCAAAUCUCACCAAUGGUUUCAAAUACGUGAUGAAGCAUGGAAUUCAGUUGGAAGAUGACCGAACAUUCUCAGGCUGUGCUGAAGAGGUUCCUGAUCGUCCCUCAACCCGACUUACAUUCAUCAAAGACUACGUGAAGUUAGAUACUAUUCAGGAGGCUCUUAUCCAUCUUGAGCAUCGACCUAUUGGAGCAGCUUUGGCCUUGUUCCACCCUGAGUACAAAGACAUUGGAGGAAAGAUUUACCACGGACCUAUGAAUCACAAGUCUACCUUCUGUGGACUGCACGCGGUUUCUCUAGUGAGAGUGGGUGAAGAAAAUGGGGAAAAGUAUGUGCUUGCAAGAAGUAGUCAUGGAGAUAAGUUUGGAUGUGAGGGCGGGUACAUCAAGAUCUCCUUGGAAGUUAUGUUGGCUUACAUACCUAUCGCUGGUGAAAGAAUCAACAAAUAUAUUGAGAAGUACUUUGGCAAGCCUCGUUAUCUUCUGAGGAGGUUUUCCUACCCAAGGUUGCUGACAGAGGAAGAAGAGGAGAUAAAAAGAAACAUGUACCAAGACAAAGACAACAUGGAGAUUUGAGGAUUGGUUGAUGAUGGACAAGUAGUUGGCUUCUCGAUCAAACAGAUGCUGCAGAAAAAAACAAACAGUCCACAACUUUUGGGAUGCUAUUUUUAUUUCAUUGAAUAUCAGGAUUUUUGUUCCACGUGACUCUUUUUUUUUUUUUUUAACGCCUCUGGUUCUGUUCCAUUGAGUUUUGCGGUUCUGUUAUUGUUGCUUUGACUCUGGUUCUCAUUUCAGCUAUUUUUAGGAUUCUGAUUUGAGGAUUGGUUGAUGAUGGACAGAAUUUCUUACACUUUGUAGCAUUAUCAAUACCAAGAUCAGAAUGUGGGGAUCAUGCUACCAUAUA